GCCUUUAGGCCUUUGUUUAUAGUGUUUGCUUUAGUUAUUGCCCUUUUUGCCAUAGUUUGUAGUCUGUGAAUGUAUGCUUCUGUGCUAACGUGGGUAUGGGUGCUUUUUGUGAAUUUGUGUUCUUAGUUUGUUUCGUGCUACUGUGUUUACUUCUACUUUUGUGUUGAGGCAGGGUCUAUAAGAAUUGUGAAAUUCUUCUGGGGUUGUUGUAGUUUUUUGUUCCGGCUUGUUUAUUAUGAAUUUUGAUUCUCUAUUUGGAGCCUUAUAAAUGUAUUUCUUAAUUGCUACUUUCUCCAACCCGUAGAAAUAGUCUUAUUUUUCUACUUGUUUGUGUCUCAUAAAAAGAAUCAUAUUUCCGAAAUUGUUUAAAGAAAUAGGUAUAUUUAGUGUUUUCUAAGCCUUGUACUAUACUAUAAUUAAAAAGUUUCACUCACCUCAAUGUGCACACUUUAUAUGGGAUGGAUGCAGAAUGCAGUAUUUUUCUUGGGUGUAGUGAACAAAUUGAGUUUGGUCUUCAUUUUCAUCUCUCUGUGACCAAGUGUUGCUUUUUUGGACUUAGAAUCGGAUUAAAUGUGGGUAUUGAUUGUUCUAUUCUCUGUAUUUGUUAUCGUGUAAUGCACUUGGCGAUCAGUUGCUUGUUUUUUUCCCUUGAUUAUUACUGUUCAGGUGCUUGAAUGGAUGGAAACAAAACCAGAGAGGUUCUGGCUGAGCACAGGUGACAUAGCCAUUAAAUUAGACCUAAUAUCCAAGCUGCAUGGAGCUUCAAGCGCUGAAGAUUACUUCAAGACGCUGGGAGACUCUUUAAAGGACGGACGAGUAUAUGGUUCACUUUUGAAUGCGUAUGUCAAUUCCAAAAUGAAGGAAAAAGCUGAAUCUGUAUAUGCCACAAUGAAAGAAAAAGGUUAUCUACUUUAUGCACUUUCAUGUAAUGUUAUGAUGACGCUUUACAUGGACACCAAAGAAUACGAUAAGGUGGAAGCAAUAAUUUCAGAAAUGAGAGUGAUGAACAUCCCAUUAGACGAAUAUUCAUACAAUAUCUGGUUAACCUCCCUCGGCCAUCAAAGUUCUAUGGAAAAGCUGGAGCUAGUUUUUGAGUCAAUGAAGGCAGACGCCAAUGUUGAGCUUGAUUGGAGUACUCUAAGUACCAUGGCUAGAAUGUAUAUUAAGACAGGACAAUUUGAAAAAGCCGAAGAGUAUUUGAAACUGGCAGAGGAUAAAAUCGAAGGUCAAAACCGUUCCCCUUACCAUUACAUUAUCAGUCUUUACGGAGCAAUUGGUAAAACCGGAGAGGUGUACCGUGUUUGGGAAGCUUACAAGUCAAAAUUUAUGAAAUUGACUGACAUGAGUUACCGUGGGGUAAUUACAGCCCUGGUAAAAUGUGGUGAUGUCCAAGGGGCUGAAGAUCUCUAUGACGAAUGGUCAUCAUCAAAGCCAAGGCUAUUUGACCCACGCAUAGGAAACAUUCUAUUGGCGUGUUAUGUCAGGAAUGGGGAAACAGAGAAAGCUGAGGCCUUUUUCAGUCAAAUGGUAGCAAUGGGUGUGAAGCCGAAUUCAAGAACGUGGGAGAUUCUAGCCGAGUACCAUAUUAUUGGAAAGAGAGUCGCGGACGCUUUGUCUUGCUUGAAGGAUGCUGUGGCUGCCAUGGACUCAAAAAACUGGAAACCUAAGCGCGCAAUUGUGUCUUCUAUAACAGAGUAUUGUGAUGAAAUAGGUGACACAGCAAGUAAGGAGGUGUUAUUCGAGGUUUUGAAGCAAACUUGUUAUUUUGAUGAUGAAACAGACAAGGACGAGGAUGACUUUGCAUGAGGAAAAAAGCAGAGAGAGAGAGAGAGAGAGAGUUUACAGGGCUGAAGCUCUUGCACUAUUGAGGAGAUGGAUGGCGGUUCUCGGAGGGAAGCGGGGUAAUAUAGUCCGAGGGUGUGAAAAUUGAAAUUUUCAAGUUGGAGAAGUAUAAAACUGUGUUGAUGACAAAACCCAGAAAAAGCUAAGCAAUAUUGGAAGCAUACCCAGGUACUUUGCUUUGGACAACUGAAUAUUAUUAGUAUGGGAGUGUAGUUUGUUCAUAGGUGUAUGACUAGAACUCUGUGCAUUAUUUGGAUGUGAUGAGAUUUUGAUUUUCUCUAAACUCUGUUGAUUCUGAUUUUGAAUGAGUAUUUUGUAACCAUUGAAUGAGCUCUAUAUAUCUAAUU